CAUAAGAUCCCGAUCUUCCCUCCGCCGUUGUCAGUUACAUUGUAUCACUUAUGUUAGAUACACUGUUUCAGCGCGAUUGAGUUUAUAGGCCAGGAUUUAAUUCGGCUGCUGCAAGCAUUUUUACCGGGAAAGUGUCAAAGCGCUGGCGGGAGGAGCGGAAAGGCAGCGCCGUCCCUUUGCAGUCAAGUUGCCGAAAAAUAUCAAUAUUCAAAAGAAGGGAGUCAGCAUCAUGGAUCUUUAACAUUUUAAACUAAUAAAACAAAACGAAGUAACGACUCCGGUGCUUUGCAAGUAAAUAUUUCAAGAGCAGAACUGGUUAAAGCAACAGUCCAACUUCUCGAGUGGAGCAUUUAGAAUAGGUAUUAAAUCGUAAACUCAUGGAUUGUUAAAUAGUGCAUAUUGUUUAUGUGCUGUAAACCCAAAAAGGAGGACAUUACAGACUAGCGAAAAAAAACAUAUAAAGGCAUAACAUAUAAAUCUUUCUGGCUCCGUAAGAAAUAUAUUUAUGAAGAAAGCCAUUCCUUAAAUCUUCCAGUUACACUACGUAUCGGUUUCGACUGUGUGAGGACUCCGACUUAUUUCCAAUUCACCGGCCAGGACAAUUAUUCUGUACCUCUGAGCUGAAGUUGAAUGCCUGCAGAAAUCGCCCGUGUUUAGCACGUCUAUCCGAUCGGGAGCUUUCGGGAAACGCAGCCUGCGUGACCAUGGCGGUGCCAGCGACUUUGUGGAUAUACUUGAUGGCUGUUUAUUUAUCAGGAUCAAAUGGCCAGAUGGUCCAGAUGGAUGCCAUAAAGUCAGGAUAUGUGGGCUCUCAGGUUGAGCUCCAUUGCCUGUUCAUCAACAACAAUCCUGCAGUGAAGAUCUCUCAGGUUACGUGGCAGAAGUUUCUCAAUGGCACCAAGCAGAACGUGGCCAUCGCCAAUCCCACCAUGGGUGUGUCAGUGCUGAAUCCAUUCAAGGAACGUGUGUCCUUCAAGCUACCAGCUGUCCAGGAGAAAAUACCAUCGCUGGAAGACACCACCAUUGUGUUCUCCAACCUACAGUUGUCAGAUGAGGCUGCCUACAUUUGCGAGUAUACCACCUUUCCUGCAGGCAACCGUGAAAACAUGGUCAACCUCACUGUCUUUGCCCGCCCUAUGAUCCAAAUGAUUCAGACUGCCCUAACAAUAGUUGCACAGCCUUCCAGUCCGAAGGUGAGUGUAGCUACCUGCCUGGCAGCCAAUGGGAAGCCCCCAGGAGUGGUUACCUGGGAAACGACACUUAAGGGUGAGCCGCGCACGGAGGAGAUUCCCCAUUCCAAUGGGACAGUGACUGUGCGCAGUGACUACUUGGUGAUUCCCAGUCGAGAGAUGCACAAGCAGAAGCUUACCUGCGUCGUUACGUACAACAACGACACCACCAUAGACACCAUCAUGCUUAACGUUCAGUAUAAACCAGAGGUUAAAAUUGUGGGUUUUGAUGGCAACUGGUACCUUAACCGACCAGAUAAGCUGGGACUGACCUGCAAGACUGAAGCAAAUCCCCCUGUAACUCAUUUCGAGUGGAAGCUCUUGAAUGGCUCAAUGCCCGCCGGAGUUGAGAUUCUCAACAACACUUUGUCCUUAAAAGGGCCUGUCACAUAUGAUCUGGCCGGCACAUAUGUGUGCCAUGCUACCAACAGCAUUGGAACAAGCUCUGGGCAAGUGGAAGUUAAUGUCACAGAACUCCCUUACAUCCCAAAUGACCGGGUCUCGCAGGAGCGGCACAAUUCAGGGCUCAUCAUUGGCGGUGCAGCCGGAGGAAUCGUCGUCCUCCUGGUGGCCUUGAUAAUCCUCUUCGUCAUUCUCCGGCGACGGCAACGCACCUUUAAGGGAGACUACAGUACCAAGAAGCACGUUUAUGGUAAUGGGUACAGCAAGCCAGGCGGAUUGUCCGCUCAUCCCACCCUCCCCAAGAACUUGCCGUACGGUGAGGACUCGGACGAUGAGAAGAAGACAAGUCAGAUGGGAGGCACAGGGCUCUACGAAAGAAGCGACCGGGUUUUCGACGAUGAUGACCUGAAGAGGCCGUAUUUCACAGUAGACGAAAGCGAGAGUCACGAGUACGAAGAGAGGAGUCUAGCUUAUCCAUAUGACCACGAAGUCGAGAUUACGGAUGACAUGGUUUCCCAAACUGAUGGCUCUGUAAUUUCGAAGAAAGAAUGGUAUGUUUAGAGGCAUGUGACACCAAACCUCCUUCCCUCCUUCUGCAACUGAUCAUCACCUCAUUCUGUAGUCCUCCACUCCCAUAUUCCCUCUACAUGCCCAUUCCUUCAGCCUACGAUCCAAACCCCCAUAAAAAAUAAACAAUUUACAUACUGAAUGCAACUUCAACUGGAAAACAAAUCACCGUGAAAUUUUAAUUCUUAAGAUUAAAGAGAAUAUUCCAAAAAAAAUAUAUCUACAAAUAGACUGAUGCUGGUUUACAUUUUUUGGCCGCAAGAUUUUCUGUGUGAUACAUAUGACAAUUUUACAUGCAGUUCUUUAAGAAAAAACAUUUGUGUCAAUUAUGUUUUAGAUGAAAAGAAAAAAAAAACAAGGAUUGCUUGGUGUACAUUGUGAAAGUCCUACACUGGAUGUACAUUUUCCUUUUUAUUAUUGCACAUAUUAUGUGUUAUUUUUGUACAUAUUUGAAUUUUUAGUGAGAGUGGAAAUAUGAAUUUUAUGACAGAGGUUAUGGCCGGAGGGGGCAGUUUAAACGAGGCUGUGUCUCACGCAGCCCAAUGGGAAGACCGUUACUUACACUCCUCGAAGCCUUUGACUGGAUCAGAGCAGACGCCAGCAUGAUGCAGACCUGGAAUCCUUUUUUUUUUGUUUGUUCUUUGCCUUCCUGUACAGUGAAUGUAUUGUAGCUUCUGUAAAAAAUAAUACAAAAGGAAAAGAGUGGUUUAUUUCCAAAGAUUCAUAAUCAGCAUUAUGAAAAGUGCUCAGAUAAGCCAUAUAGGGGAGAAAUCAGUUUACUUUCAAUCCAGUCAGAUCUGCAUUGACCACUGUAAGGAUGUAAGGUAAUGAAAGAUGAGGGAACAUUUUUAUUAUUUUCUAAUACAUUAUUAUUAUCAUUAUUAUUGAAUAGUAUCCUGGCCUUUCUCAACCCAGAUAAGCAGUUAUGGAAAGUGGUUGGUUUCACGUCAUAUAACAAUAAACGCUCAUGUUUCAUUCUUUGGCAUCACCAGUGACCACCAGUUCCUUUUUCCCAUUCCCAGUUCCGAGUCUCAGGCCUCUGCAGCUGUAUGCAGUUGUGUUGCGACCUUUUUUCGUUUCCAAAUACUGAAUGACAUAUUGGAUGGUGCUAUCCACAAAUGGUUUACACGAUGAAAACUACGACAGAAGCUAAAUUUUAAUAUGAUAUCUGAGAGAGGCAGUGGUUUGGAAUGUUGUUCUAGAACAUUCCGUCAUCGUUUAUUAUUCAUUUUUUAUUAUUAGACAUAGAUCUUUUUUUCUGCUGGAGUUCUGACAGUCGUUUCUAUAUAAAAUCAUUCAGGACGACAUGCAGGGGAAUUACCUAGUCCUCUACAGAUGAGAAAAGCGAAUGAGAGAAUUCAUCAGGCAGCAGAAACAGCAUUAGAGUCCCACCCUGACUGCAAUUGAGCCCGAUAUUGCACAUUUUAUAAGUUUUGUGUGAAUGUCAGGCUAAAUGGUGUGCACAUUUUCAUGUGACCAUUAAGUAUUCAGCAAAUACAGCCAGUGGAUACAGACACAAUCGAGGAUGAUGUGAGAUUUAACUUUAUUUUUGAUACUCAGUUUGCAUUGUUCUUUUCACAGUCCCUCUUAUCUGAACACUGUAUUGUUAGCAUGCGUUUCUGUGCAUAGUCGUCCACAUUAACAUUAGUGGACACGAGUCAAGUAAAACAAGAAAAAGAAGAACUUUUGUUUUGUUCUGUUUGAGAAAUUCGUUUUGUUUUUUGUCGCACAAAUGUUACGGAAAUCAUUUUGUUUGUGAGUAGUAUGAUUGUGUGUGCCAUGGAAAAUGGCAAGUGAGAAAUAUUUUAUAAUGCUUUACUUCAUAGUUCAGAUAAAAAAAUACAUUUAACUCUAAAAUUAAAUUAGUCAUUAAAAUUAAUUUUGGUACAGUGAUCUUAGCUAGCUUUGUGAAUUCCUCUGUAACAUAAAGACAGUUAAUAAAAGUAAACAGUAUAUAUACUUGUACUGAUUCAUAUUCUUUAGAUUUUUACUUGUUGACGCAAACUGACACCACUACCAAUGCUGUAAAAUUUACAUUUCAGCAAGAUACUACACUGUUGCUUUCCAUUGUAGAUUAAUUUCUAAAAAUUUCAAUUUAUUAUUUUUAAAAUACUACUAAUAAUGUGAAUGAUGGAAAAGGUCAUAUUUCUGUUUUAGUCUUUUUUUAUUUUAUUUGUACUCUUUGGUGCGUCUUAAAUGUAAAGCUAGAUAAAACAAAAUGACAAUCUGUUUAUGUGGUUGUUCAUUUUUUGACAUACAGAUUUCACUGUGGCUUAAACGUUUAACCAACUUAAAUUCGAACCAAUGUCUGAUUAUGUAAAACAUCCUGAAUAGAAAGUGCAGUAGUAACAAAGGUUACUUUUAAUAGAACAAAGGAAAAAGUGACAUUCUUGGAAUAUUUGUUUCCAUUUAGAUCUGAAAGCUUGGUGUUACAUGAUACAGCUAUAGUACCUCAACUAUCAGCUUUCCCAUAAAGACAUGGGGGGAGAGAGUGAUCAAGCAAAACUAAGACAGAUCAGUUCCAGAUUACAGUACAGACACCACGGAAGUACUCAUUUACCGUAAAAAACAUUUCAUUAUGACUGUUGCCUCCAGAGAAAGACCUGAUAUUCCAAUGCUGUCACCUGAAAACACACUUUUCCCCAUAAUACGUAAAGCUGCCACUCCUUACGGCUAAUAUUACGCUCAAUCCAUUGGACCUGAGAGCACCCUAUAUUUUUCUGUAAAUCUUGCAAUUUGCCUGUGUCACCAGUGACCAGAUACUAAAUUUAAUUCUGCAGAAAGGACAUUUACCCAAAAUAGGCUAAUGGAGAGAAGCAUUUAAGCUAUAAGCUAGCAUUUGGUUUUCUUUGACUCAUCUAUGGCGUGUUUUUAGGUCAAUACAUGAAAUGUCAAGUCUGUUACGUUUGGUCCCUGUGGCUUGAACUGUGUGUAAUUAGUCUGAUCACAUUCUCAUUGAUAGCUGACACUUUAUUGCCCUUAAUUUUACAAAACAAAAGGUCGUACACAAGGUGAUAAGGAAUACAAAUGGAAUUUAUGGUAUUUUUCUUAUAGGAUGUUUAAAAUAUAUAGAACCAACAUAGAGAAAGCAGUUACAGUGUUUAAUGAAAUGAGUUAUUAGAAUGUAUGUUUCUCAUGAGUCACUGGUAGUCACUGGAAAAUUAUUAAUUUUUAAAUGAAUAUCUGAAUUACCACUAUGGAUCUUUUAUUUCCCAAAUGUGUACUUAUCCAGGAUUGCAGAGGCCUGGAAUCAAAGUAUCUUUUUUCUCCCUCAUUUUUCCAUUCCUUCUGGCCACAAACAUUUUUGCUGUUUGAAUGCUAAGAUCACAUACAUCCCAGUCAAGAAGCCAUCCCACUGCGGGUCACACACAGACACAGUCAUUGAUACAGAGGACGAUGUAGAGCUACCGAUUUACCUGCAACUUCAUGGCUCGUGAGAAGAGCUUGAGGAGAACUUGUACACUUUGCACAUACAGAGAGCUGGUUUCCAGAUUUGAAACUGCAGACCCUAAAGGUGAGAGAUCGUGAUGCAAUCCCACCAAGUCACCGUGAAAUGUUCGAUUGAUAAGAAUCAUGUAAACAGUUCAUUUGUUGUGUAUUUUUUUAAGCGUUUUAGAACUGAUUUCUACAAUGGUGUUACCUGAUCUAUAAUAAAUAGACCCCUUGCUUAUUCAACAGCAAAGUGUGCUGAUUAAAACACUUUGUUCUACAAAUUCACAAUGAGAACAUUCUCAUAAAUAAUAUUCAAAUGGCAUUCCCUUAAAAUCAAACUGAGACUGAUUGCAUGAUUGAUUACACAAUUCUGCUGGUUAUAAACAAGUGUAUGUGUGUUUUUAUAGACAUAAUACUGAUGUUUAGUGAAGAGUUUCUCAAGAAAGAGGUUAUUCUGUAAGUCUGAAUGAAUAUAAAACUUUAUACAUAAGAUUAUUGGUGAUAGACGAAUUAAAAAUGAUUCAUAAAGAGAAUUCUCGUUGCUUGAGGUCAUCAAAUGUUUCAAAUUCAGAUAUGUUUUUUAUCUAUUGCAAGUCUUGCAAAAAACAUAGCAUUUAUGUGUUCUGUUUCCUAAUAAGAAUGUUUUGUAUUAUUGAGAUGGGCACCAAUAAACUACAGUGAUUUUAUUUUGUGUUUGUAUGUAUCUAUACACGCACAAAAGUGUGUGUUUUUGUACAUAUUUUAUACAUGGUGUUAGCAGAGAUAUGAACACGGAUAUGGAUGUGUUAUCCUACAGACAGAAACAUUUCAGUGCUUUUCCAUGUAAAUUACAAGAUCUGAGUUUCUGCUCAAAAGAUAUAGUGUGCGAGUAGUGUGAGAGUAGUGUGAGAGUAAUGACGUUGGUUUGGUGGGAUGUUAAAUAUGUAAAUUGAAUUGCAGUGGUUGCAGGGCAGCGGAUCUUAGCUUUUCUGCAGUGUAUCAAUAUUACUCCCAAUGUUAUACAUGAACUCCUACUACAAUGGAGGGAGAAAGUGUUUUAACAGUGUUUUAAAAGCUAAUGGCAUUGAUAUUUAAAGUCAAAACUGUGUUGUGUUCUUUUCAAUGCACUCUCAUCUUUUUUCCUACUGUAUGGUACUCAUUCAUUCAUUCAUUUAUUCAUUCAUUCGUCUUUUCAUUCUCUCUUUUUUAUUAUUCUAAUUUUGUAUUUCCAGUACAUUCUCGGCACUACAGGGGUAAUUCUGUUCUGUACUGUAAAGUAUAAUACAAUUGUGUUGUAAGUCUGAAAAGACUGUAUAUCGUUUUUGUAAAUAAAGGUGGAGAAAGUAAUAUGUA